GAGCUGAUUCCGCAGGCCUACUCGUCUCGAUACCAACAGAUGUUAUCACAAAAUAUCAGUCCUGCAAAAGAAGCAGGAUAGAAGCAGUCACACUUGGGUAGCAAGGCUUCUUAGUACAACGACGUCACACAUACCAGUUCAACGUCCGACACGCAUCCAUUUCAGGUGGCGGGUCAUCUAGACUAUGGGGGAUGUUAGAUAGCGUAUCGAACGCAUAUCGAAUGCCGACUUGGGUGGGCCAUAGCUGUGUUCUGUAUAUUUUUGCAUCGUCGUCGUCCUCGGACCUACUCCCGGGUCAGGCGCCCAAGUUUUCGGAAGCGCAUUUGGAUAGGGGAUUGACUAUAUAUAUUUGGUUAGGGAGUAGGGUGUUGCUGUUGGGUACAUAUGUGGUCUUUUAUUCUUGUAUCUACGUAGAGGGUGAUAGGGUUACGAUUUGGAAUAGUAUACCAAGUAAAAAUAAAUGACACACAGCAUCCAUGCAAAGCAUGACACUCCACAGAAAAUAGGGGAUCCGGAUAGUUAUGAUAG